GAAGAAAAUUAUGUGAUUAUCGAGAACGGAUCGUGGAGGAUAAAAGCGGGAAUUGGUGUCAGCGAUACCAACCAGAGCCCGUCAGUGGUUAUUCCUGCAGAAGUUGCCAAGCAGACUGAGAAUGACUCGGAUAAACAAAAUAUUGAAAAUUUGGGUCGACAAGAGAUCUCUUCGACUUCUGAUAAUUCUGGUCCGAAUUCACCUGAUACUACUCCUUCGAAAUCGACUGCAAAAGAACAAACUUAUAUAUGUGGAUCUCAACUAAGGGAACUCAAAGAAAGCUGCAAUAUC